AUGGGGUACUGAUCUGUACCUUGUCUAUAUAAGUAUACCUACGUGUACCUAUCUGAGCUUCCACUUCAACUCAAAAACUAUCUUAUCUCACAGGUCAGCUUACCGAUAUUCGAGAGAACUUUUUGUAUUACAAAAGGACAACAACAACAAAGACAACAUCACCACUACCAAGAACAAGAACAACAAGAAGAACAACAACGAGAAGAAAGAAAAUAAUAGAACAACCAUGCUCUCCUCCAAACAGCUUCUCGCCUCCCUCGCCGCAUUCGCAACCUCCUCCCAAGCCCUCUACUUCAACCUCGACCCCUUCAUCGCCAGCGACGUCCGCGUACCCUCCGAAUCCCACUACAUCAGCUUCACCGUCUCCAACCCCGAAGCAGUGUUCGAACAAGGAGGUCCCUAUCCUCGAAACUGCUCCAUUAGCUGGACAACAUCCCCCCCACCAACCUGCUGGACCCCCUGCCAAUCCGACUCUCUCUCCCCAAGCUACUUCACGCGCGUCUCCCCCGACACAUAUCCCGGAGAUUCCGCCUCCAAAUUUAUUCUCGAGAUUGAAGAAUAUUUCGUGUACAAAAACAGUGCCAAAUACAACGUGACAGUCGCCGUGGAAGAAACUCCUACGACGAAUACGACGGGCCCGUUGUAUCGCUGUUCGAGGGGUGGGCAGAGUACGAUUUGUGGGUAUUGGGGACAGCCGAUGGGGUGGAAUACGUCCGAGUUGACGGCGACGUAUAGUGUGGCGCCGAGGGAUGGGGUGUGUGGGGAGGCUUAGGGUUUUUUAGGUAUGGAUGCAUGAGUGGUGAAUUGCAUAUGUACGUACGGCAGAAGUACAACAGUAGUAGAUGCAUGUGACCUGCCUGAGGCACUCAUAGAGGGCCCCCACAAUAGGUAGGUGGGCAACAGUGGAUGGAAAAGUAGAAAUCGAAAGAUUUUCGACUGCAUGCGAUGACUGUGGUUUACGAC